CAUAAAAUGAAACAGCUCGCUGUGGUGAAUCUGACUCGUAAAAUAAAACAAGUCGGUGACGGUGCGAAUCUGAAUCGUAAACGAAGCCACUCGCUCUCGGUAAAGACUUGGGGUCGGUGCUAUUAUCGGAUCGGUUCUCGAGGAACAGGUAGUUCUCUAAGUAGCCUCAAAAAACCUUAUUUAUAUUAAACCCCACCCUUUUAAUAUCGCAUUUUGUAACCCACCAGCUAACCCACUUUGGAGCUCACUUACAAUUUUUUUAUAGUCCGCUGCUACUGUGUAGUACCAUGUGUUUGCGUUGCCUAUACGAGUGUGAGUAUCAUCUUGUUUGCAAAGCCUCCAAAUAGGCACACGACUCAGACUCAUACGCUUGGUGACAGUCGUAAGUCAUUCCUUCUUCUUACGCCCCAAUAUAGACCAGAUCAAGAAUAUCAUCCUUUUCGUUGUUUAUUAAAACUGUAGGAAGGAGAGGUGCAAGUAGGAGGUACAUAAGGAGAUAAUAUCUCUUUCAGGUUGGGUCUUGCUAGCGUUCCUCCCUCUCUUUUUCAUCUCAGAACAACAAUUAUCCAAACAUAAUCUGUUUUACUCCUUGCUAGCAUUGAUUCUCUUUCAUGAUCUUCUCCGAACAACAAUUAUGCCUUUCUAGCCGCUUCUCAUCUUCAACAUCCUGAGAACACGACGGCCGACAAGAUGACGAGACGAAAGAGAAAUGCGCACAAGAAGAACACGAAUACGAAGAACAAGAAGAAUCAAAACAAGAAACGUCCGCAACAACAGCCAACUUAUGGCGUCUCGUGAUAAUCAUCCUCCAUCACCCAUCAGCACCCAUAUUCUCAACUUUUGGACCAGUACAGUCCUCAUCUUGCAGCUCGUAUUUCUUUCUCAACCCUAUUCAGAAGACACCAGUUGUACUGCAUCUUGGACCUCCCGCUGUAGUUUUGUUCUUACAGGAAUUAUUUGAUUGCAAUUUUUGUCAAAAAAUCCAAAGUCAACACAUCUCUUACUACGGCUCAUCAUCAUGGCAUAAGUUUGCAGCUUAUGUAGCAGGGUAACAAAACAGCUUGCUCCGCUAAGAUGGUCGAUGCGUUUGCGUCGUCCUGUUAUUUCAAGAUGAGUAAAAGUAGAUAACGGUCUUUUAGUAAUUGAAGUUUGGAUAUGACUAAGGAUGAAUGUGACUCCUAAUUCUUUUUAACUUCAAGAGUGAGUUAACUCCUUACUUAAGUUAAUUAUUGACAAAGGGGAUUCAUUUAUGUUAGAGGGGAUCACUCAUUAAGAAAGUAAGGAUAGAAGCAUAAUCACUUCUAUCACUAAAAACUAAAAGGAGUGACAUUAACUUGAGUAAGGUUAUUGAUGAAUAUGUCUCCCAGUUUUCCUGGUAGGCCCACACCUAACCUAACCUAAGUAAGAGCUCUUUUUUUAAGUAUGAAUGUUGUAGUGACUCCCAAGAUAAAGGUCUAGUAAUUGAGCCGUUCUAUUUUUUAGCAUGCGACUCCGAAGAAGGUCAAGUUGCAUCUCAUCACCACCAGAUGGGUUAUCUUGUUGAAUGUGACUCCCAAGGUCAAGCUGCAUCACCACCAGAUGGGUUGAUGUCUUGUUCUUGCGAUUGAUAAAUUAAGAUAAUGGAGAAGUACGAUCUACUGCGCUCUAACUUCUAUCGCCGAACUCUGUGGAGCGGACGACGCUUCAGCCGCGACAGACGACAAGACGCCACAACAGCAGCACGCUAUGCUGCCGCUCGCAUCGUGCACGAUUUUCGGCCAUGGCGACUGGCCUCUCGAGCAUGCCUGAAGUAGCCUCUCGUGAACACAGGCAGAGUGUUAGUCAGAAACUCGGCGCCACAUAUGAUGGCUAUCGUAUUUUUAUUUUUUUCCAAAAAUAAAUAAUUGGGCUUUCACUAAGUCAGUUGCUUUUUGGAAUGUAUAUGAAAAUGAUUCCUGAACAAGAUCUAUAAAAAUGCUUUCCCUUCUUUUACUUUUUAUCAACCAACAGCAUUCAUUCAUUUACUUGCAACUUACUACUUUCCCUUCAUAUUUUUGUCAUGUGGAUUGUUAUUGUUUCUCCCCGCAUACUUUUUUCUUGAUACGAAUGAAAGAUACUUUUUGGUUUUUCUUGGUAUAUAUAUAAAAAAAUUCUACUUCUACAGAUCCUGGUGAUAAGGGACCCUCGACCAACGAAGGCGAUAUGCGAGGCAUGAUCAUGCGGGAGAAGGUGUUAUAUGUCUUUGUACAGCACAAUUAUUGUCGUCAGUAUUCGCGCCUUAGGAAAGAGUUACAACGUGCCGAACCUCUAUGACGCCCCUAUGGCAGUCUGCGCUGAUCUUUCUGCGAUAUUCCUUGUAUUGUAAAUUGCAUGUUUGUUGUGUGUAUCUCUCUAUUCAUUGUCUAUUUUAACGCAACAGCACAGUAGUUUGUUCUCACAAAGUCGAAAUGUCAAAGAUGAUAGAUGCACGAUAGUCAAACUAACUAUACUUCAAAAUGAUACAACAUAAUUUUUAGGAGCGGAUAAUGAAUCAAGAGAGGGAGGAAAAGGCCGUGGCUUUACUGGAAGAGAUGCAGCAAAUAGAGAAGAUAAUUGCGCCUCAGUUGCUUAACUUGGCUGAGAAGCACGCGGUAGCAAAACAGAAGGUGAUUAAGGACUCUCUUUGUAGAUACUUAGGAAGUAACCCUAUAGAGGUAUAAUAUGAGUUAAAAGUUCUAAUCUUUCUUCUUCGUUUCUCCCGUACUAUCGUGGUUCGUUUUUCUUUGUUUGUGGUCCUCUUCCUUUUCCGAUUGAGGCGCUCCCGCUAACAAGUUUAAUUAUAUAUAGCUACAAGAUUAAGCAGCCAAGUCCGACACUGCCGAAAGAUGCCGAAAGUUCACACAAAGCCAGCCCAUCAACUUUCGACGAAACUGCGAGAAGUCUUGCAGACUCUUCGCACGUGAGUCAUGGCAGGCUGGCCAUGUCGUUGCGGCUAGGAUCAGACCACUGCCAAGCCCUUCAGGCACGACACGACUACAAACCGCCCGGCGGCUCCAUAAAGGCCAAGGCAGAAACUAGCCGAGCAGACUCAGCCACACCGUUCCCCAAGGCAGAAACACAGCCAAGCCCGUUGGUAUUUAUUUUAGAAAAGCUGGCCGCUUCUCUUUCAAACUGGGGCGGCUCGCUCCGUGGCGACAGGCCUCGCGCACUGGCUGGCCCACCGUCGUCCCUCCAAGUUACUUAGUGAAUUCGCUGGCUGUAGUCAUGUCGCUCAGUUGAUUGCCAUCGGCUUCAUUGUUGGGCCUUUUCAUCUUUUCGCCCAGUCUGUCACUGACUUCAGACAGGGCGCGAACACAUAGCCCACCAAGCGGCUAAGCCUUGCAAGGGGGCGCUUGCAGUGCGUACUUGCUUCCAUAGAAUGAUAGACACACGCGCGCGCGCAGUCCGUCGCCCGCGGCGGCGCGGGUGAAAGGAUGGCUCUGCUCAUUCUUUCGCUUGUUCUUGCUAGGUGCCGCACGUACGUUGCGAGAAAGUUAGUUACCUACGCGACGCGCGUAGACUCAUUGCUGACGAGCUAAGUAAAGAACUAAGCCAACAACCAAGGCGCCAGCCCUUGCCUGUGGGCUCGCUCGCUCCAGGGGCUGAGUGAAUUGAAAGCAGGGGGAACAACUACGCAGCUGGCGCCGUUCGGCCCGCCCAGGGGGAUUGAUCCAGCAAGCGAAACACAGCUCGGCGCGUGGCUAGCACGUGAGAAGUUUAGGCGUGUCUGCUUGGUCACUAUGUGCGCAUAGCGUUCGGCCCGUCGCGUCGAUGCCUCGGCACUUCUUGGCUGGCUCUGGGUCUGUCUUGGCGUAGCGAGAUGCUUGCGUAGGUACGCAGGUACCUAGCUACCUACGCGCCGUCCCCCGUAGGCGGACAAGUGGCCCCAGCGCUCGGCGAUGUGUCUAGGUGCAACUGCGUGCUCCGUGUCGACGACGGACUGUGGGAGGGCGGCUGUGGCUCUCUUUCGUUACCCACGUAGCUAGGGCAUGCGCGCCGCCUGCGUGUGUGCUUUUCGUUCUCUACAUAUUCCACUCGGCAAGGCAGGCCUCACGCACUUACUUAGUGAGUGGAGCAGGCUGGGACCGCCUGGGCUCGAUGUGGCGGGUGUUUCUGUGUGACUGUUUAAGCCACUGAGUAGGUAGCGGCGCCUGGCCACUUUCUUACUCUCUUAAUUCCUUGGCUGCCUUCGUAAUGCAUGGGCUCGCUUGGGCGGGCGGAGUUUGAACCUCUUGGGCCCAUUGGGUGGCUGACGCUCAGCGUCCGCCCAGUUGGAAAAUUUACUAAAGUCCGCGUCUCCUUUCGUUUAGUAGUUUUUUGGACAGAUUCGGCCGGUUUUUUAUCGCAAAAAAUGAACCAGGGCCGAAAGCUGCCGAAAGUUUCAGCAGGGCCGAAAGUUGCCGAAAGAUGCCGAAAAGGGCCGAAAGCUGCCAAGAGUUUUUCUCGGUAAUUUUCGGCAACUCUCGGCCCUUUUCGGCAUCUUUCGGCAACUUUCGGCAACUUUCGGCAGCUUUCGGCAACUUUCGGCAACUUCCGGCAAAUUUCGGCAACUUUCGGCAAAUUUCGGCAAAUUUCGGCCCUGCUGAAACUUUCGGCAACUUUCGGCAGCUUUCGGCCCUCGUUCGUUUUUUUGUGAUAAAAAAACCGGCCGAAUCUGAUCAAAAAGCUACCAAACGAAAGAGGGCGCGGACUUUGGUAAGCUUUCAGCUUGGUAGCGAACGAGGCUGGCAGAACGAGGAACGAAAGUAAGGCGCACCCGCAGCCAGCCAGACUGACGGACAGCCACCCCCCCCCCGCGUAUCAGGCACAUGCAGCGCGUUGCCAGCAGCUGACGUGUAGUAAUGCUGGGCGAGCUAUGGAGAAACGAAAGCAGGCACACCGACACAAAGGGACUGGCGCGCAGGCUGGCACGUAGUAGACGACCGGCGGGCCUACCCACCGAGGCAGGCUGGUGCCAGCCUGCGCCGCUAGCUUCGUCGUUCAAUCGGUAAGGACUCACACAGGCUGACUGCUUGACUCAUGUAUGGCCAGGCCAGCCAAUGCCAGCACUUUCCCACCAACGAACCUACGAACGCUGGGGAGGUUCGUUCCCAGACUGCUGGACACCCACAGACACAGGCGCGCGGGUUCUGUAGACGCACUGGAACUGACGCACAUCCGCGCGGAGUCCGAUACAGUUAUAGACAGGGGGACAGGCUGGCAAAGCCUGGAGGGCGGGGAGGGUGUGGGCCAUCCAACCACGCAAGCAAGAUGCUUGCGUGGGCCGCACAGUAAGAAAAGAAGGCUACCUUGUAUCUAUCAAUAUCCACACAUAGACAUAGGUAGCUAACCAAGUAAGUGGCAGAUGGAUGCUUGCUAUGUAUCAGGUUGUAGCAUCUUUUUAGGGAGCUAACCUCGGUAGCGCUGGCAGGCUUGCUUGCUAAGAAAGUAGUAGUCUGCCAGCCGCGUAAAUUUUUCUCCCGUUCGUUCUAUCCUUGUUGCUGAAACAAAGACGCCGAGCUACCAGUGUACAGAUGGGUGCAUAGAUAUAGAUAAUCUAGCGCCAGCGAACCACUCAUAUUCAGUCAGUCCACGCCUGCGCUCCAUACUUACAUCGAUCCAGUGACAGACCGACGAGGCAAGCCGAAGGCAAGUGAGUAAGUUAGUAUGUGUCCAUGCUGCCAACGACGAAGGCGCGAAACAUGGAAGCAAGACCUUGGUCCCACCAACAAACACACGAGCACAAAACAAGGAGCGAAGCCGUCGCCCCCGCGACGAAUCGGGGACAAACUGUGGGCACUCUCUGGACCAAGGCCGGCGACUGAAAAGACACCAGCGCACAACAGUGCACGCCUCCGACGAACCGCCCGCGGAACAGCGAACACAACGGGCGCACAAGCCCGCGAAGCAAGACAGGCGCGCGGCUCAGCAGACUGAGUACCCAGAAGGGAAGCACAGGGCGACGAACUGGCAGCAACGACCAAGCGACCAAAAGAACAGAACAAGCGGACAGAAGACGACAGAACGCCCACACGAGUAAGCUCCCAACGAAGUACCAUGCAACUAGUACAGGGCCAAAGCGGGACAACAAUCUGCCCGAAUUUCUGCACCAAUUUCAGAAAUUAGCGAGCUGGUUUUGUGUGAACUUUCGGCAACUUUCGGGGAUGCAUUUGCUGGGCGUUGGAUCUUGUAAAUGUAAAUGAGCAACAUAGGAAUCGGAAAAGGAUCAGCCACACGAGGAGGUAGACAGGUUUGAACUAUGACUGAUAUUAGCAGCCCUUUUCCUAGCGAGAAGGAUUUUUUUAAGGAACGUCUUUCCCACCUAAUUGUUUAGUAGGAACCAACUCUCGCUGUCUAAGUCUAACUGCAGAGCCUGAAGACUGUUUAACCUACUGAAUUUGUAACUAUUAAUGCAUUCAACCAACCACAAACUAAUUGCGCUCUACCUCUAAGAAUCAGAAAGAAUGCGCGCAGACGGAGCACAAGGAAAAGGACGACAGACGCGAAGUAGUGAACGUGAAGCAGGUAAAGCGUGCAAAGACUGAGCUAGAGAGCGCGAUUAAGCAUGCACUGGCGGUGAAAGCCGCGAAUGGCUUUAAAGAGAUUUAAGGCUACCUCUGAACCAUCUCUAUGAUAGGGAUCAUCCACCGAGCGCAUAUGAGCGAUAGUACCUUUCAUCUGGGGGAUGAUCCCUACAGGGAUGAACUGGGGGUAGCUCCAACAGACCAGAAAGGCAGAUUUUGACAAGCUCACGGAGAAUGGUGAGAAAGCCCAGAAGGCGUUUACUGGUCUAGACGAUGAAAAGCAGAGAUUGGAGAAUGAGAUCAGAGAACUACAAGACGAGCUGAAAAUUAAGGGCUCACUUUUUAGCGAUUCAUAGGGUACUAGCCACAGGUGGACGAGGAGGCGGAUGAGGAGAGUAACACUUCUGAGCUUCCUCUACAGCAAAACUCUUCUACAACUAGUACUGGUGGUUCUGUAGCUCUGUACCGAAAAACUGUUUGAAACAUUUUGAGAAGGUACAAGUUGAAACUUUGGAUGGAGAAAGUCGGAAAAUUUUGCGUUGAAUUUCCCUGACUGGGAUCUCGAGAAAGUCGGGAACAAGGUAAUUUUUGAUCUCUGCCUCUAAGAGUCAGUGUAGCAAGGAGCGAGGAGAAAUGAAUCAGAGGGAAAUUGCGAAGAAGCUCCUGCAAGACAAAGAAGAGCAGCGCAGGAGGCCCGAAGCGGAGCAGGAGGGGGCGGAGAAAGUGAGCAGCCAGCUGAAGACGGAGCCGGAGAAGCAGGCAGUGACAGUGCAGGAAUUGCAGGCGAAGAAUGCCGCACUAGAGAAGCAGCUGAAGAAGACGGAGCUGCAGGAGGCGAAGAAGCUGGGCGACCAGCUGGAGAGCGAGAAGCAGAAGGUGCAGGAGCUGGAGGCGAGAAACGCCGAACUUUAUGGGCAGUCAGUCAUUAUUAUCUUGUGUUGGGUACUAUGCUCUGUGCAGGCGUCUCAAUUUUUGAUUUCUUGAAGGGAAAAAAAAAUCCAGUCAAGAGGGAGAGAGAGAGGAAGCAAGAAACCCUCUCGUCAUCAUACCAAUAACCCUUUCUCGUUUACUUGGUUGCUUUUAGAUGAGAUUAUAGUAGGGCCUGAGCACUACCACUACCUGUUUUAAGAACUGGAGAAGGCCGAAGCGGAGCUGCAGGAGGCGAAGGAGCUGAGUAGCCAGGAACUGGAGAGCGAGAAGCAGAAGAUACAGGAGCUGGAGGCGAGGACCGCCGAACUUUAUGGACAGUCAGUCAUUAUCAUCGAUCUUGUGUGAGGUACUCUGCUCAGUGCAGGUACUCUGCUCAGUGCAGGUACUCUGCUCAGUGCAGGUGCUCUGCUCUGUGCAGGCGUCUCAAUAUUUGACUUCUUGAAGGGGAAAAAGAAGCUAGUCAAGCUCGAGGGGGAGAGUGAGAGAAAGCAAGAACUUCCCCCGUCAUCAUACCCGUCUACUUGGUUGCUCUUAGAUUGAUAGGAUCAUAGUAGUGCUUGAGGAUUAGCUAGGAGUAGGACUACCACUACCUGUUCUAAGAACUGGAGAAGGCCGAAGCGCUGAGUAGGCAGGAACUGGAAAGCGAGAAGCACAAAGUGCAACAGCUGGAGACCAAGGACACCGCAACUGAAGAAGAGACACAGGUGGCUAGCGAGAACAGUGAAAAUUAUGCGAUGUGAGUGAUCUAGGAAGUUAUCACCGCGUUGUUGCUCUAGAGCAUUUAUAGAACCUGCUAUGAUCUUUUGCUUUUGACUGCGCAGUUGGCUUAGUGGUUUAGGCGUGGGCCAUGGCCUGUUCACUUAUCCGUCCGUAAUAAAGGUAAUUGGAAUUAUGUGGCCUCGUGGCUUCUGGUUCUGCUUGGUUGAGAGGACUGCAUCAUCAUGAUGCCACCUCUAAUCUAUAUGCGGAAGCUCAAGCUGUGGCAAUGGCAAUCGUAAUCUGAGAGGCAGUAGCGAAGCCACGUCGUCGAAGUUGAUGCAGCACCCAGAGCUGGGAGGGAAGUAGUACCACUCCAGGAAGGAAAGAUUUAUAGAGACUCUUACCGUUGUUCCUUUCACGUCUUAUUCGUCUUGUUGCUACUUUCACGUUAACCACGAACGUCAAGGCUGACGCAUGAUCUCAAAAGGAGAAGGACACUCAUUCAAAGCAGAUUCAUAGUCGUAAUUUCAAAUAUGGUGUCGAACUAAUACCAGUGCAAAAAAUUGAUUAUGAGUUAGCUUUUUUUCAAUUAAUAGUAAAGAUGAUCAAAUUAUCUCUUUUUGUUGUUGAAUCAUCCUCAAUACUAUCGCAGGACUCACUAGACCACUGAACAAUAAUAACUAGCUACUAUCUCGCACUCAAAAAUCAGUUCAUCUACUUACGACGAACGACCAUGUCAGAUUCAGAUAUCAGAACUCAGGAAUGAGAAAGGUAGGAUGAAGAAUACGCAAGCAAGAGUGUCAGCGUCAGUUUUACUCUCACAAGUACGGAACCUCAUCAGUCGCAGUAGUACAGAACUCCUCUGCCUGGAGUUAAAAAUCUGCUAAACCACAACUACUAAGCUAGAUCGUCCAAGAACCGACGAGAAUAUAUUGUAAUACAAAAAAUACAUCAACAGCUAUUCUUCUUGUAUCAUGUACGAUUCGGUCGUCGGCCCUGAAUUGCUACCAGGAUAUACGUAGAUUUGUGGCCAAAUGUACGGUCUUAUGCGCCACGACCAGUAUGUAACUUGGAUGACAAUCGUUGAACAUGUUAAUUGAUUGCUUGAAAGGGCGGUGGCAUAUAGUCCUAACGCAAAAAAAAAAAACUCUACGGGCACUACGGACAGUGUCAUCAGGGGCACACACAUGACAUGACGUCGAGCGAACAUACCGAGCUGGACAAGGCUGCUGAAUGGCCUCACCGCUGACAGAGAAGUCAGGACCAGAAGCAGCAUGACGUGAUUUUAUAAAUUGGCUCAGUUUGUAUCAACGUGUUGGAUUUUGUAUCAUGGCCCCUUAAGUACACAGC